AUGCCGCUCAGUAAUAAUACUGUUAGUAGCAGGAUUGAUGAAACGAGUUGUGAUGUAGAAGUACAACUUGUUGAAAAAUUAAAAUAUACAAAUUUUUCAAUACAGUUGGACGAAUCAACUGUAAGAGAUAGUGAAGCUCUGUUAAUGGCCUAUGUAAGAUAUGUUGAUAAUGGAGAAUUUAUUGAGGAUAUGCUAUUUUGCGAAGCAUUAGAAACCACCACUAUUGCAAUUGAUAUAUAUAAGAAAUUAAAAGCAUAUUUAGAUGAUAAGCAGAUACCAAUGGAGAACAUUAUAUCUUGUGCUGCAGACGGUGCUCCAGUGAUGAUGGGCAAGAAAAAUGGAGUUUUAAAAUUAUUGAAAGACGACAAUCCCCAAAUGUUGUUGGUGCAUUGUGUUAUUCAUAGACAGAAUUUAGUUUCCAAAAAAGUUUCCCCUGUUCUAAACGAGACAUUGAAUACAGUUAUAAAAUGCAUCAACACUAUAAAAGCUAAUGCCAAAUGUGAGCGUCUUUUCAAACAAUUUUGCAAGGAUCAAAAUGCAGACUAUGUAAGAUUAUUACUUCAUACUGAUGUAAGGUGGUUAUCAAAUGGGAAUUGCCUGAAAAGAUUCAUGGAAUUAUUUGAUAUUCUUAGUGAGUUCUUGGAUGACAAACCUUAUAUGACUCUGUUACUGACAGUUGAUGGUAAAGCACUUGUCAGUUAUUUAGCAGAUAUAUUUGAAAAACUCAAUGUCUUAAAUAAGGAUCUCCAAGGAACAAAUAUGACUCUUGUUAAUUCAAAGGCCAAGAUAUUUGGCUUUAUAUCAUUUCUGGAAUUAUCCCAAGAAAAUAUUUGUCAAAAAAUUUGA